AUGGCCUUAUCUAUUUUGAAGGCGCAGAUUCCCUUCGUCAAGUUGCUCCUCUUAUGCCUUCUGGGUCCUGGAGAUGGAGCACGAAUUCUGGCACCCUUCUUCCUGCCUGUAAAGAGCCACUUCAUGAUGACGGAUGCCAUAAUAAGGGAAUUAGUGAAACGUGGACACGAGGUCACCUUCAUUACCCCGCUAUCAUUGGCCAAGGAGAACUUGGGACCAAUGUACAGGGAAAUUCUUUUGCCCAAGUACGAUACCUGGGCCGACAUAUCUGCGAUGAUGAAAACACAAUCGGCAUUGGACACGAUUGACAUGUCAAAGCUAACACACAUGCGACUGGCCCAACACGUUGGCAUUAAGUCAACGGACUUUGCUCUGGCCCAUCCGGAAGUUCAGGAGUUGAUCCACGCCAAGGAUAAAGAGGGCAAAUUCGAUUUGCUCCUGGCGGAACAGUUCCACAAUGAGGGAGCUCUAAUGCUGGGUUAUAUUUACGAAAUACCUGUAAUUACCAUAGCCACUUUCGCCUACGCCAACUAUUUUAGUCAAGUCUUCGGCUUUGUAAAUCCAUUGGCCUACGUUCCCAAUGUUUUUAUAUCCUGUUCGGAUAGAAUGUCAUUGUGGGAGCGAUUGGAAAAUGUACUGAUUAGCACUGCCGAGGAUGUUAUUCGGGAAGUAUCCUACUAUCCGCAACAAGAUGCUGUUAUCAGGAAGCAUUUUGGCCUCAUAUUGCCCCAGGUACCGACGGCUAAGCAAUUAGAACAGAACAUCUCGGUUAUACUUUUAAAUAGCUACCUGCCGCUGACUUCACCAAGACCCAUGUCCCAAAACAUGAUUUCAGUGGGUGGACUGCACAUCCUGCCACCCAAGCCCCUACCAGAACAUAUUGGGAGCUAUCUGGAUAACGCUGAGAACGGAGCGAUCUACUUUAGUUUGGGAUCUCAAGUGCGCAGUGCUGACAUGCCACCGGAAAAGCUUGGAAUUUUCCUUGAAGUCUUCGCCAGCUUGAAGCAAAGGGUCCUCUGGAAAUUCGAGGAUGAUCAGUUGCCCAAUCUGCCGGAGAACGUUAAGGUCGAAAAGUGGUUACCCCAGGCCGACAUAUUGGCUCAUCCGAAUGUGAAGGUUUUCAUCGCCCAUGGAGGCCUCUUUGGAAUGCAGGAGGCAGUUUACCAUGCGGUCCCGGUGCUCGGAAUGCCAUUCUACUUUGAUCAGGGCAUAAACAUUAAGGCGGGCCAAGCAGCUGGAUAUGCCAUCGGAUUGGACUAUCGCACCAUUUCGAAAGAUCUGCUGAGCUCUGCGCUUCAUGAGCUGCUGACGGAUCCCAAAUAUCAAGCCAAUAUGGACAACGCAUCGCGAAUUUUCCGGGAUCGUCCACUCGGCGCUAUGGACACCGCUAUGUACUGGACUAAUUACGUCUUGGAACAUCGGGGGGCACCACAUUUGGUGGCAGCGGGAGUACAUCUGCCCUGGUACCAGUUUUAUCUCCUGGAUGUCACAGCAAUUAUACUGGCUAUUGGUCUGUUACCACUUUUGGCAUUUUAUGCUGUUAGUCGAAAGAUGAAAUCCUUGCGAGGUAUUCGAGCGCUGAAGAAAGAGGCGAAAACUGAGUGA